AUGGCGGAUGCUGUAUUGCCUCCUGGACCAGACUCCUCCAAUCAUGGUGACAUUUCGGAAGAUCUUUCAUUUGUGUCUCCCACUUCAUCCCUGCUCCAGGUCUCGGAUGGUGAUGCAGAUGUUCCUAAAGAUAAUUUUUUUGCUACGUACCCUGGCCAUGAUAUAUUUGAUGACCCACUCACCCAAUACCCGCCGAAUCUUCCUUGUGCUACGCCCGAGAGGAUUCAAUUUUAUUCAGAACCAGUGGCCUCACAUGUCUCUGAGGAAUCUUUUGUUGUCGCGCAAUUUUUUGCCGAAUCUCAAAUUUCUUCCUGUGUGGAAGAAUGA